AUGCUAAUCGACGGCGAGAAGUAUGCCUGCGAGGCAUGUGUGCGUGGUCACCGUGUCAGCAACUGCCAGCACGCAAACCGGCCGCUCCAGCACAUCAACAAAAAGGGCCGUCCCGUCUCCCAAUGUGCGCACUGUCGCUCAAUGCGCAAGUCGCGAUCCGCCCAUAUAAAGUGUGACUGCGGCGAGAAGACCAGCAAGUGCAUCCACCUGCAACCACCCGCCGAGGGUCAUGUUGGUGAGUCUACAGAAUACGAGCGACCCAGUUGCCAAGGUCUCACUUCUAAACUAUUGUCGUGUCGCCCAGAGACUUGCUGCUGCAACCAUGGUGGACGAUGCACCUGUGCCGGAAAGUCUGAUGUGCCACUCGACACCGUUCCAGAGUCCGACUCUGAAGGCGAAAUGAAGGGCGCCACCCUUCCUCCUCGCCCGGUCCCCAGGAGACGACGGGCCAAUACUAUUCACUCGUCCGACAUGGGCAUGACCUUUGACCAGCACGGCCACCACAAGCCCACCAAGCACAACCGCGCCUCCCAGAAGUGCGGGCCGUACCAGCUCAACAGAGUCAACUCGGCCGCCAGUGCCGGCAGCCUUGGUGCCAGCACCGACAGCCUGCUGUACCAGCACGGCGAGGGUCACGCAGCAGUGCAGCACAGCUUCCUGAGCCGCGAGCAGCGACAGGUCAAGUCGGAAGCGACAUCUCCCUUGCUGUCUGCCUCCAGCUUCACACAGCUAAACAGCAACUUGCCCCCCUUGGAUCUAUCGGGCAUUUCAAACUAUGCAACAUACGUUAGCGCACCGGGCUUCGAUCUCUUCUCCAGCGGGCUCCCGGAUGCCGAUGCGCCCAUCCUGAGCGCCAGCCUGGCACAGUCAGUCGACUGGAGCCACUACGAUUUGAGGGAAGCCAACGGUGACACCUUUACCCCCUCCAGCUACAGCCAGGCCGGCACGCAAUUCACCGGCCACUUCGAUUUCGGCAGCGGCUCUGAGAAUCUACCCACGCUUGCCGGCACAACAUCCACAUCCGGCGACGUCUCCGAGGUGGAAGACUUUAUGCCUGGUGGCGAGGGCGAAUACGACGGAUUUUCCACCAGCGGCAGCUACCUGCGACAGGCAAACGUCGACCUGACCAGCAUUGACUACAGCCUUUUCGACAAGGCUGACAACCAGGCUCUGACUGGCGACUUCUCCACGGUCGAAGACGACCCCGCCUUCUACAUCCCGAACUACAGCGGCACUGUCGCCACCGUCGACGACAGCAACUCCGAUACUCUUGGAGCUGGCUCAUUAGCCGGCUACUGGGAAAUGUGA